AUGGACAAGAUCCUGGAGGGGCUGGUGAGUUCGUCGCACCCGCUGCCGCUGAAGCGGGUGAUCGUGCGGCGCGUGGUGGAGUCGGCGGAGACGCCGCUGAGCCAGGCGCAGUGCCGCGCCAUGUUCGCGCUCGGCACCCGGCUGGUGCUGCAGGGCCCCGACCCCUUCCAGCGGCAGGUGGGCCGGCAGGUGCUGGACGCCUACGGCCGCUUCCACCGCGCCGAGUUCGAGGCGUUCUUCAACCGCGGGCUCGUCCUCGGGCUCCUGCAGCGCGGCUACGGCGAGCUGAGCAACCGCGACCCCGCCAUCCUCGACUACAUCCAGGCGGGGCUGCGCCUCAUCAUGAGCUGCCCCUCGGUGCUGGAGCUCUUCGAGCUGCUGCAGGUGGAGGCGCUGCGCCUGGUGUGCGAGCGGCCGGCGCCGCCGCUCUGCGCCCGCCUGUGCCAGCUGCUGGGCGACUUCCCGCAGUGCCUGCCCCGCGGCAGGAAGCUCUCGCUCGCCUUCUGCCAGCAGCUGGUGCGCAGCAUCGCCCACUUCCAGAGCCAGGGCACCCGCGAGGCCGAGCUGCGCCUCUACGUGUCGCAGGUGACCCAGGUCAGCGCGCUGCUCAGGAGCGUCUGGAAGGCCGAGCCCGACACGCUGCUGCCCUCCCUGCAGGAGCUCUUCGCCGUCAUCUCCGCCGCGGAUACUUCGUUCGAACCCUCUGUUGCGCUGGCAAGCCUCGUGCAGCACAUACCACUGCAGAUGAUUACAGUACUCAUCAGGAGCCUUACUACCGAUCCUAACGUGAAAGAUGCAAGCAUGACUCAAGCUCUGUGCAGAAUGAUUGACUGGCUCUCCUGGCCUCUGGCUCAGCAUGUGGAAACAUGGGUGAUUGCACUGCUGAAAGGAUUGGCUGCAGUCCAGAAAUUUACCAUCCUCAUUGAUGUCACUCUGCUUAAGAUCGAACUGGUCUUUAAUCGACUUUGGUUUCCUCUAGUGAGGCCUGGUGCCCUUGCUGUCCUUUCCCACAUGCUGCUUAGUUUCCAGCAUUCUCCAGAAGCUUUUCAUUUGAUUGUCCCACAUGUGGUCAGUUUGGUGCACUCCUUCAAAAGAGAUGGCUUGCCUUCCAGUACAGCCUUUCUGAUGCAGCUGACUGAGUUGAUACACUGUAUGAUGUAUCAUUAUUCAGGAUUUCCAGAGCUCUAUGAGCCCAUUCUGGAAGCUAUUAAGGAUAUGCCCAAACCCACUGAAGAGAAGAUUAAGAUGAUCCUCAGUCAGAGUGCCUGGACUUCUCAAUCCAGUUCUUUGCCAUCUUGUUUAUCGAGACUUUCUGGGAAAUCUGAAACUGGGAAGACAGGCCUAAUAAAUCUAGGAAAUACGUGCUACAUGAACAGUGUUAUUCAGGCACUUUUUAUGGCUACAGAUUUCAGAAGACAUGUUUUAUCUCUGAAUCUAAAUGGCUGCAAUUCCCUAAUGAGAAAAUUACAGCAUCUUUUUGCAUUUUUGGCCCAUACCCAGAGGGAGGCAUACGCUCCUAGGAUUUUCUUUGAAGCUUCCAGACCACCUUGGUUCACCCCUCGAUCGCAGCAGGAUUGCUCGGAAUAUCUCCGCUUCCUGCUGGACAGGUUGCAUGAAGAAGAGAGAACUUUGAAAGCGUUGUCUUCAGCCAAGGGUUCUGAAAGCAUAAUGACUGACGAGUCCCAGGCACAAGAAGCUGUCCAUAAACCACAAGUGUUUACUGAAGCACCUUGUGUGGGAGGUGAAGAGAGAACUCUGAUAGAGAAGAUGUUUGGAGGAAAAUUGAAGACUAACAUAUGCUGUUUGAACUGCAAAAGUACGUCUCAAAAGGAAGAAGCUUUCACGGAUCUCUCUUUGGCUUUCUGUCCUCCAGCUUCCUUAGAGAAUGUCGAUCCGAAGUGCACGGAACAUUCUGAGGUGAAAGAUGACUGCGUGGUGCAGAGUAAUACUUUAGCAGCCAGUCCUGCUGCGGGAGCACCUCUCAACAAUUUGGAAGUGAAUCGUGCGUGUGGCACGAUCACGAAUGAAGGAACCAUAGAAGACUUUUCCUGUGAGCAGAGCUCUGAGAAUACGACGAUUUCUGAGCUCAAAGUUGAAAAUAACGGGGAUCUGUCUCAGAGCCUAGUAGGUAAAAAUACCCUGUCCGUUACAGACUUACUCAAUUAUUUCCUGGCACCUGAGAUCCUUAGUGGGGACAAUAAGUAUUAUUGUGAGAAGUGUGCCUCUCUCCAGAACGCUGAAAAAACUAUGCAAAUCGUCGAGGAACCCGAAUACCUCAUUCUCACUCUGUUGAGAUUCUCCUACGAUCCAAAGUGUCACGUAAGGCGCAAAAUCUUGGACAACGUUUCCCUGCCGCUCGUGUUGGAGCUGCCGGUGAGAAGGGCGGCGUCCCCUUUAGCUGUUGUGUCGGGAGCCUGGUCUGUUGGCGUGGAGAUUUCGGAUACUGGAGAAAACCUGGCUAAGAAACUGAAGCCCUCAGGUGCUGAUGAAGUGACCUGCCCACAGCUGGUGCCCUACGUGUUAAGCUCUGUGGUGGUGCAUUCUGGCGUCUCCUCGGAAAGCGGGCAUUAUUAUUCGUAUGCUAGGAACGUAACUGGGACGGGGCCUUCAGGGCUCUGCCACCAGUCUGCAGCUCUCUCUUUAGUUUCUCCUCAGGAUAAGCUGUUCACGGAGGAGAGUCCUUGUACUGUUGUAGAAAACGAGCUGGACGCUGAGAUGCCAAGAGAAUGGUUUCUGUUCAAUGACAGCAGAGUGACGUUUACCUCAUUUCAGUCAGUCCAGAAAAUCACCAGUAGAUUUCCAAAGGACACCGCUUACGUGCUGUUCUACAAAAAGCAGAACAGCACCUGUGGCUUCAGCACCAAUCCAGCAAAUGGCCUCUGGGUAAAUGGAGACCCUCCUCUACAAAAAGACCUCAUGGAUGCAAUUACGAAAGAUAACAAACUGUACUUGCAGGAGCAGGAGCUCAGCGCUCGGACGCAGGCGCUGCAGGCCGCCUCAGCCUCGUGCUCUUUCCGCCCGCACGGCUUCGAUGACAACGAUCCCCCGGGGAGCUGUGGGCCCGCCGGUGGGGGAGGAGGGGGCGGCUUCAGCACCGUCGGCAGAUUGGUCUUCUGAGCGCGCCGCUUCCAGGGCGGGCCGGAGGAACGCCCAACUCUGUCACAUACUGUCUGUCCCAGGCUUCCAGACUCCAUCCUUGUCCUAAAGCAAAUGUCGGUGGUUUUUUGCUUCUGUUUUAUUUGAAAUAAAUAAGCGCAUAAUGGAAAAAAAAAAACCUACCUCUUAAAAGUUCAGUUGCUUUCAUAGAAAGGUAUGCUUGCCCAAAAACUGGAAAAUUAAGAUUUUUUUUUUUUAAAAAAAGAAUGACAUCGCGUCAAACCAAACAAAAUGCACUUACGUCAGUUUCUCUUGUCCUCAUCCGCUGAAUGAAGAAAGUUCAUUUUUUACUCUGAUGGUAUUGCUUUAUGUGGAAACCCAUUUUCAGGUGGGCUAAACUGCAUCUGUAGUCUCUCACCCGCUGCUUAUUUUCAAAUACGAUACCUUCGUGGAUUUUCAGAGAUGAUGCAAUUUGUAAUGAAGGCAAUAACUUAAAUGUGACGUGAUACAGUACUUUCCAGGUUCAAAAUUAUUCAGUCCGUUUCCAGUGUAAAUGAAAAGAAAAAAAUUUAUAAAUAUUUGCUAACUUGUUACCCAAAAAAGUGCAUGUUGUGUAGGAGCAAUGUUUUUAAAUAGAAAUUGUUAACUUUGUAGCAUUUCUAAUUGUUUUGAGGAUUUUAAAAUUAUUUCAGGGACUAUAUCUACUGAGUAUUGGAAAGGAAGAGAUUCUGUAUGUGCCUUGCAGUACUGUAACUUAAACUCUCUGAGGCUGCAAAAGAUGAGAAAAUGUCUUAGUAGUCAAUUAUUUUUGUCAGCAUUAGAAAUCAAGACAUUUCUAGAAAGCUUUUAGGUCUCCAGAAGUAAAAAGCUGUUUGUUUGAAAUGCAGCAAGUGUUGCCCUUUAUUUUUUGAUUAAAAAAGCUACAUACCUAGGGAUCUGUAACUUUCCUGGCCUGUACUGCUGAGGAAAAACCGGUCAUAAAAACGGAGCCGAGUUGGUGAAGUCACAGAAAAGCUGCCCGUGUUGGAUCUUUGCUGAGGAGAGUCUUGUCAAGUUUUGCCCUGGGGUUUUGCUGGCAGCGAGAACUUUGCAGUGAGUUCGGGAUUAUUAUUUUUAUUUUGUCUGCAGAAGCCCACAGUGAUUGUGCCUGAGGAGCGGUGUUGGACUGCUCGGUGGCCAGCAGAGGCUGGGCAUCCCCUCCUUUCAGUCUUGGCAGAGAGAAAGAGCAGCUGUGGUUUGAUGUGCAGUGGGGAUGACAGAAGUGAAGGACUUAGACUGUUGAACCCAGUGAUUGAUUCUUGAGUCAGCUUAGAGUGAAGUGGAAAUUUCUUCAAAGUGUUUUUACGGAACUCUGCACUGUUUUUGCUGUGUUUUUAUAUUCUGUUAGCUGACAAAGUGCGUCCUUAAGAAGCAUGCGGACCUCGCGGGUUUUAGCACAACUGCACAAAAAUAAGCAGAUUUCUUAGAAAAUGCUUUAAGAAAGCGUAAGGUAAGUUGAGAGAAUGAAGUCUUGUUCAUAUGAUUCUAAAUAUAUGGAGUUUAGUCUGCAAGGUAACUUAGCCUGCAAGCUAUUUUUAUAUUAUCACUAAAACUAUGCUAUUUACUACAGGUUCAGGUGUUAUACUCAAGAAAGCUAGAGCAGCUCACUUUGAUUUUUUUUUUUUCUAAAUACUUUCCAAGCUUUCUUGUGGCAGUUUGUAAUACCUUGGCUUUGGCCUGCUCUUCUCAUUGCUGUCUCAGCUGUCGGUCUCUGAACCAGGGGUUCAGCCAUGGAAACAUGGAAUGUUUUGAGACCAGCGUGAGGAACGUUUUCAUUUCAUUGCACUUGGAUGAGAUUUUUUUUUUUUUUUGAAAGUUCACUUUGCUUUGAAAUUCUGCAACUUUUGGUCUAAGAGGGUUUUUUAUUUCCUUUUAGGCUUCUCUGCCAGUGUGCUCUGGUUUUAAAACGUUUUAUGAGACAGGUUAAUUUGGCUCUCCCAGACUGAGGACACACUAAAAAGCUGUCUACUCUUUGCAUUACCAUGGGAAUAUUUUGUGUCUCUGUAUCAAUUUACUCUUCAUUUUAAACUACAAGUAAGCAGAAGCAGGGGCAAGUGGUUUUACUCUAUAUGAAAUCAUAAUUUUGUAGAGGUCAGUUUUGUUUUUAUGUUCUCACAGUAAAAAUACUAAUUAUGCAGCCUACCUAAAAAUAAUAGGCAGUAUGUCUUUCGUGUACCUGUUGAGCUAUAUUUAUUUCAUGAGCUCUUGGAAGUCUUUCUACACCCUUGUUUGCCUUUCUAAAUGAGAUGUUAAAUAUGGAAAAUUUACAUGAGAAUAAUGCCAAUCAGGUUGGAUCUGCUUAGGUGCAAAAUGAUGGAUGUCUGAAACUGAAAAUGACUUCUUGCUUUUGCCUUGUUGACUUUCUGUCAGUGCAUUUGCUUGGGGUUUUACAAGUCGAUUUUAAAAUUCAGGACACCUUUUUGCAAGUCUACUUGCUGACCUGACAGCUGUCCUAGGCUGGUGAGCCAUAGACACCCAACUUGGAAGGUUUCAAUAAACCUCGUGGAAGUGGAGAAUUAUUUUAUGUUUUGAAAUGUGCACCUCUUUUAUUGUUACAGGAAUGGUGUUGCAUGCCGCUGUCUUCUGGACAUGAGAGAAAAAUGAACAUAUGGUGCUUGGAUUUCUGUUGCUUGUGAAUGAAUGCUGGAUGGUUUACUUAGUUACCUUUUUGGCUCCAUUCUUAAUACUUUUUCUAGGUUAAAUCAAUAGAAAGAUACAAAAUUUGUAAGACUGUUGCAGAAGCUUAGGGUUUUUUUUUUUUUGUUUCCUUUCAUGACAGAGACACAGUUGUACCAACCUCAAGGGUGCUAUGUCUUUUAAAAUUGUAUUUGCUUCUACCAAGACGGACUGUGAUUUGGUCUUUGUUUUAAUCGUCACUGGAGCUGUAUUACCUUUCUUCUGUGCUGUUAAUUUUGUACAGUUUCUUUCCUGUGGAGCAUUACAGUGGAUUACUGUGAAUGUCUCCCCUGUAACAAGGGAUUGCAAUGUCUGUGAGCCCAUUUAUCCAGGAUGAGGAGAGAAGAGGCUUCUUUGGAUAACUAAACAAAUCACACUUUCUGGCUAGCUUUUUUUUUUUUUUUUUUUUUUGUGCCCUUCUCUGGAAAGUUAAAUAUUUUAUCUUCUCUGUGCUCUGGAAGUUUAAUUUCUUGGAUAAACUGGGUUUUUUUGUUUCUUUUUUAAAAUCUAUAUUAGUAAAUUUGUUCAUUGAGUCAGAACACUUUUUUUUGUACACGUGACAGGAAAAGGGCAGAAGCUCUGGGCGCUGAGAGCAUUGAGAGAAAAUCAAGUGGGUAUAAACUUUCUGUAAAUAAAAUUGAGAUUAGAAACAAAGUUCCUAAUUCUGGAGCAGCCUUCUGGGCGGAGCCUUGCUUUGAAGGAAGAGCCAGCUCUGUCUGUGAAAGAAAUUAAUGCAAAGCGGUGUCUGAACAGCAGGCAACUAGACCUGAUAAACCAGAGGUCCCUUCCUAGAGUUUUGCUCUUUUGUUGCGUUUCCUGUCUUGCCACAUUGCCAGUUUUGUUUUUAAGACUCAAAAAGUCGAGGGUAAAUAAAGGGAAUAUUAAACUGUGAGGUAACAACAAAAGUUAACUGCUCAAUUUUGGGUGGUGUUUGUCUCUGAUAUAGGGGAGUGAAGCAUAAUAAUCACCAAAUCAUGGCAAGUGGAAGCUCGGAGGAGUUGUGAUCCAAAGAAAUGCGCUCCGUUUCUAACACAAGGCUGGUUUCCUGGGGUAACAACCUACAACGAGAGGUAAUGAGUUGUAGCACUCGGUAUCCUCAGUAGGCUGUAAUCAAAUGGAAAUUGUUGGAUAUUUUCCAAGAGUGAGCAAAUGAUCUGCGAUGUAAAUGAGGUCAGAAUAGACAAUCUUGAAGGCUUUCAUGUUCCCUGCAGCCAGUCAUCGUGGGUGUGCCUGAAUCUGAGUUCAGAGCUCUGAGUGAUACGCUGUUCAAUCACAGGGGUCCGUGGGGAGCCGAGGUUGGCGCAGUGCUGUCUGUGUUGUGUCCCACGCCAGCCCUGGCUGCGGGCUGUAGUGUGGCGCUGCCUCGGCACACGUGCUUUGGGCUUUCAGUGCACAGGGGCAGCCCCUGAUUCCACCUGCCUGAGCCUGAAUUCAGGCAUCCAGAUCCAAGGCACAGCAGCCAAAACUCCCCGGAGUGAGGCGCACGCCAACGUCUUGUAAUGCCGUAUGCGCCCUCCUUAUUUACAGCAGAAAAUCCUCUCUCUUCUGAAUCUGCAGGAUUCUAGAUAGGAACAUGGAUUCAGGAUACACAUUUCUUCUUCCCUCUUGUUUGGUUUUUUUUCCCCGUGCAGAUAAUAUUUUUAGGAAUCAGGUGUAAAAGUGCGUUAAUAGACGUGUCAAAUAGACAGCUCUGGGUGGUUCCUCACGUGAAGGUGCUGUGGGAAGGAGGGACAGCAGGUGGGAAAGGAGAAGAGCUGGUACUGAGCUGGAAUGAGACAAGUGCAGAAAGGACAGGGUGGCUCUGUCCGAUUCCAAAGUUGCACACGUUUUACUUUCACUGCUGUAACUUUAUUCCACCAAAGGAUACUUUGUCAACAACGCCUCCUGUUACAGGAGCCUGAUCCUUCAAAAGCUUCCACUGUGUCAUUCUACCCAUUUAUAUUUUGGGGGAGAAACCUCUCAGUAGGCAUAUUGAAAAUAUGCUGCUGAAUGUAUUUAGGGUUGAGGUUAAAAAAUGAAUUCAGCAACAGGAUAUGUGAUUGUGCCGGCAGCUGGGGUAUCAUACAGCAUCCUCGAGGCCGGUGGUCUCCAAACUUGGAUUGCACGCCCAUGUCACUAAAAACUCCUACAUGUGCACACAAGAUGUAUAUUUAUUAACUUGUAAAUAAUAUAUGUACGACUAUACUAAUAUAUUAUGUACAUACACAGGAGUAGAAAUUGAGAAAGUAUGAGAGCGAAGUAAAAUAAAGGCUAUUUUUAAAUUAUUUAAAUUAUUUAAAAUUUCUUUUGUUAAUUCUGCAAAAUACGCUUUCUUCUUGCACCCACAUGGAUUGUCAUGCACCUCACUUUGGAGACCACUUCUUUAGGGUUUAGUCUUGGAAAGAGUUUUGACUUGAUGGGAACAGGUAUCAAAACUGACCAGUUUAUAAUUACAGUUUCUUUUACUCUGUGAAUAUAGACUCGUCCUUAACUUUGUGCUGCAUGACUCUGUUUUGGAUCUCUGUUUAUUCAGAGUUCUUAGAAAAUUUGGUCCAAGGGCUGUGAACUGUUUUGCCCUUUGUUUUCCUGCAUUGUGCAUUGGAUGACAAAAGGAGAGGUGUCAGCUCAAAAGUGGUUUGCAGAAAUGCAAAGCCCUUCCAGUUUGGAGGGGAGGGCAUAUCCCCUGCCAAACACAGGCAUGUGUUAGUACUUGGCUUUAAAGGUUUUCAACUGACUUGCCCUUCCUCAGAUGUUCACUAAAGAAUCGCAAUAUUUAGUGCUCAGCUUCUCAGAGGAAAGUAAUUCAUUUUCUUGCUGUAUCUUUCCUGGUGUUUGUUUUACUGAGCUACAGUUGAAACCAUUUUCACAGUAUGCCUGUUCUUAAAUCUUGUAAACUGGCAUAAAUUUUUAAUAGUAUUUCAUGUCAGUUUCUAAAAAUUGAUGGGGCAAAAUGACUGUACAUGUGUUGGGCUGCAUAAAGAAGGCAAUAUAUAUAUAUCUUACAUGCCUCAAAAGGUGUCUCAAAGUACCUGAGUCUUCAUGUGUUUGACUGGAGCGGCAAGAUAGAUGUUCUAGUAAAAUAUAACAGUGGUGAUUUGGGGGUUUUUUUGAUUGUAUACUUGACCUGUAAAUCUCAGCUUGAAGGAUCUCACACAGAAACGUGGAAAAUAAGGCAUCUGAGAACUCUUGGUGGUCCGAGUGUAUCUGGAGGAUGAAGCAGCUGGAUUUCCUGUGUAUUUACGAUGCAGUGGUAUGACGGUGUUUCGUUUGAGUUGUCUUCUCAAUUGGUGAUACUUCAAUCUUCAAAGAAGAUGAAAUUACUUCAACCUGUUGAAAUCAUGAAGGACAUCAUAGUUGGUUAAAAUGCAGCCUUUCUCAAUGAACAUGGAAGUUAUGGCACAGAAACAUUCAGGCCUCCUGUAAAUAAAGACAUGAUUCUCAAAA